CGAGCAACCUCAUGCUGGUUGGCGUCGCCUGUCUUUCAAAUUAGCUGGAUAGAGACGCCAAAGAGUAGACAGCGGUGAUCAAAUCAGCUUUAUCCCUCAGGAACGGAACCUUCACCUUUGACACGACCGUUUUCACAACGACAUUGUUACACACAAGUCUCAGGUUCUCAGCUAGCAAGAGAGACAGAACCCAUUCACCGUUCACUCGCGUGCAACAUCGCUUAUCAAAUCCUGAAAUAGAUCACGCACUGAUACAAGACGCCAGAACAGCGAGAAGUUGGCGGCAACUACCUCAAAUAUCCAUCAAUCAAUCAGUAAUCGUCAACCAUGCACCCUUAUAGAGGACGCGGUGGCCCCCGCCAAUCCACACCAGCAAACGUCCAGUGUCAGAAAUGUCUCAAAAGAGAUAAGUUUAUCGUUGUCUAUUUCAUCACAAACAUUAUGCUGACUCCCACAGAACGUCACUACUCAUACGAGUGCAAGGAGCCGGCCCAGACCAGGCCCUAUGUGUCUCGGCCUUCGCGAACUCAGCAGUUGCGCAACCCGAAGCUCAUGCCAAAGUUAACGAACGAAACCCCAGACGAUGCCGAACGCAAGAAGGGCAUUGCAGAUGCCGAACUCGCUAAAAAGGAGGCUGAGAGGGCCAGACAGCGAGAGUUAGAGGAGAGGGAUGAUGAGCUCAUCAGAAAGACGGAAAGCAAACGGCAACGGUCCGAGUCUGUCGACUCCGUCUCCACCAUUUCAACGAGUCGUUCUGCUUCGCCGCCGCCGCCUAGACGGCGUUCACCUUCCCCAGUGCAUUCUCGUCGGAGGCAGAGAUCCCCGGAGGACAGAAAGGCCUCCAGGCCGAGAUCGUUCAGUCCAGGAAGCGAGGGUGGUCGUUCCGUCUCCAGGCGCUCUACCAGAAGCAGACAUAGCCAGUCUCCACCCAUACGUCGCCAAAGAUCUGUGUCCCGUGACAGCCGUUCGCCCCCUGGAACCUAUGAGAGGAGGUAUCGUGAGAGAGACGAUGGCCGCGUGAGACCGGCUGGGAGAGGCUCUGCUCGCGACCCGUCCUAUUCAAGAGAAUCGUCCAUCUCUCGUGAUGGCGGUGCUGGCAGUGCCCGGCGGUCGCUGUCAAGGUCGCCUGACGGACGGAGCGCGAGUGGCAGUGGCCGUCCGGGCCGGGGUGGUAGCGGAAACUCAGGCUACCGGGACGACCCUGAACGCCGGAUGGGCCGGGGUGCUAGGAAUGAAGGGCAAGACAGAAGGUCGAAGCAACAACAGCCGGUACGGGAGAGGAGUCUCAGUCCUUUUUCCAAGAGACUCGCUCUGACGCAGUCCUUAAACAUGGGCAGGUAGUCGAUGGGUAUCAAUUAUUUGAAGGUCAGGCAAAAAGUCUACCUGAAGCGAAGCCAUAAUACAAGGAACU